CAACGAAGGGUGGUGUUCCAUAAUUAAAACCAAUGACUGGCGUCUGGUGUUAUACCACUAUUUUGAAUUAAACCCUUUUUUAAUCACAAAGUGCAUCUUAUUUUGGUCACCUCCCAUUUUUAUUUAACUAAAAAUCGUAUAGGUAAUUUUACUUUUUAAAUAAAUUCUAAAUUUAUCACGGAAUUGAAUGUGCUUUAUUCCCUCAACACACCCACGCAUGCACACGCACACACAAACCAAAAAAAAAAAAAAAAAUUACUAUUCCAUGGUACAUGCCUAUUCCUCAACAGCAGAAGAGGUAUCCCUCCCAAAUUUAAUCUGAAUCUAAAUGCUACCUUGUAAUUUCAUCCCCCUUCAACGAAGUGUGUCCUGAUGAACCGGGGAUCCCUUUACAGACGCAACUCGUUCGCCCCGGUAAUUUUAGCGGGAAAGCCCACAGAUAGCGCUAAACCUCUCUCUAUGCUUGCGCGAGGCAUCCAGAGAUGUGUUGGAAUCAAACUCCACCAUGUGAUGUCUUUCUUUAUUACUUUCCCUAUUUUUAAAUCGCCCUUUUAAACGUAUAAAACUGCUCUCCCCACUCCAAUCCGACGGCCACCGACAGACCACCACCAAGCCUACGGAUACUUACCGCACGAUGGGAUCAGGAUAUCCCAUCCGUCCGAUCAAUUAUUAGAAUUUGAUUUCAAAACUCGAGAGGGAGAGAGAAGAAAGGCCCCUCCCAGCUUCUCCUCCUCCCUUCUCCUCUUCUCCUCGAAAUUUUUUCCUGCAUAACCCCAAAAAUUUCAUCUGUUUCGCCCUCCCCCUGCUCCACCCCCGUCGCCGGAUCUCCAGCGCACGAUUCCGUCUUCUACAGCCCUACGGCCGGGAUCUCCUCGGGACUCCACCGCUCCCCUGCUCUUCGCUCGCGCCACUCGCCUCUCCAUCGAUCUCCCUGCGACCGCCCGCCCGAUCCGAAUGCUCUCGGAUGCUCUUUAAUUUCCCGCGCUGAUGCUGGAUUUGAUGGUUCCCGGCGGGAGCGAGAUCUCCUGAUCGUUUUCGUUGGCUUUUUGUUUCGAUUUCCUGGGCGCUGGUUUUAGGAUUCGGCGGCUGCGAUGGAGCAAGGCAUUAAAUCCGCUGCGCCGAUACCGUCCGAUUUCCCUCCGAAGAAGCUCGCCCGCCAGCUGGAUUUCACAGCGGCCCACUGUGAAUCGGCGGGGGCGGGGGCCCUCGAGCAGCAGUCGCCGCUGCCGCUGCCGGUGUCUCGCCCCUCGAUUCAAACAUCCGUGAAGCUGGGGUCCCCAAGAUCAAGGCCGUUGCCAAUAUUUGAAGCUAAAGAUGGUACUCCAAAGAAACAGAAGCAAUGCAACUGCAAAAACUCAAGAUGCUUGAAGCUGUAUUGUGAGUGUUUCGCAUCUGGGUUAUAUUGUGAUGGUUGCAAUUGUGUAAAUUGUUGUAACAAUGUUGAGAAUGAAGCUGCUAGGCAGGAAGCUGUUGAAGCUACUUUGGAGCGCAAUCCAAAUGCCUUUAGGCCAAAGAUUGACAAUAGUCCACAUGCAAACCGGGAUAGUAGGGAGGAAGCAGGAGAACCACCUUUGGUGGGAAAACAUAAUAAAGGAUGCCACUGCAAGAAGUCCGGGUGCCUCAAGAAAUACUGCGAGUGCUUCCAGGCAAACAUUCUUUGCUCUGAUAACUGUAAAUGUAUCGACUGCAAGAACUAUGAAGGAAGUGAAGAGAGGCGUGCCCUUUUUCAUAGUGAGCAGGGAAUUUCUCAUUCAUACAUCCAGCAAGCAGCUAAUGCUGCAUUAAAUGGGGCAAUUGGAUCCUCUGGUUUUGGAUCCCCUCCAGCAUUCAAAAAGAGAAAAACACAGGAGCUCUUUCUUCCCCCUACAGUAAAGGAUCAAUCCAUUCUCAGGCUUCAACAAUUCCCACAGGCUAAUCAUAUAAAGACAUGUGCACCUGCUUCUUCUUUUGCUUCCACAACAGUAGCCCAUGCUAUUAAUCCUAUUCAAGCAGGAUCUUGGAAAGUCACAUACAGGUCUCCUCUAGUGGACAUUGUCCAGCCUGAGGAUGUGAAGGAGCUCUGCAAGCUUUUGAUUAUGGUAUCAAGAGAGGCUGCAAAGACAUUUGCUGAUCAGAAAGCAUGUGAGGAGAAUCCAGCGCAUGCAGAAGACCAAACAGAUUGCUCGCUUGCGUCGUGGAACCAAGACAUGGAUGCGAGCCAGAGGGAGCCAGAUGUUCAGAAAGAACCAGUGGAUGACUGUUCAAAUGGAACUGAUAUGGACAGAGCAAAUGUGGAGUUGUCUGAAUCUGACCAUGUGGAUGUGCAUGAAGGUAGUAAGCCUAUGUCACCUGGGACACUAGCAUUAAUGUGUGAUGAGCAAGACACAAUAUUUAUGACAUUCCAGAACAAUAGCACAUCUUCUAGAUUUUUGUCCAACCAAAAUGUUUCGGAGGUCUAUGUGGAGCAAGAGAGGUGUGUGUUGAUGGGACUCCGAGACCGUCUCCGAUGGCUCAUAAACUGUGGAAAGAUCAAAGGUAAGCCAAACUACUCAGGAGUACUCAACAGAAGUGAUUAUAUGGAUGUCCACCAUUUAAUUAUUAAUAAGCACAGUACUCGUCAAUGGCCAUGAAAUUUGAAACAUCCAAUCUCCAAGAUUCAGUCAACAAUGCUCCCAUUCUGAGCAGUUCAGAUGCAAAUAGACCUAUGAACUCAGUCCCUGCUUCUGCAAAUUAUUCUCCGCCUCCAAAAGGACAACAAUCUAUAGCAAAUGGUGACUGAAGAACUAAGGCCGAGAAGUCAUAAAUGCAGACAAUAAAGCUGAAAGAUGGAAAAGAAAUUUCAGCUUCCAUGGCAAACUGCUGCAUCCUUGUGUAAUCUUCUGAACGCUAAUGGAUGUUGAUGGAAGCUUAGCUUGGGUUGGUAUUUUCUCAUUGCUUCUUGACGAAUAGGUCAGGCCCUGCCAGCCCAGUCAUUUUUUAACUGACUCAUGAUUUACGUGCUCUAUAUAUAAUCAUUCAUCAUGCUGCAUGGUGGAUUGUUCAUGUCCGUUCGUUUUCAUUUCUUUGUUGUCCAAAAACCCUUCUCAUCUUUCCACAUCCAAUUAAAUGAUGGUGAAUAAGAAUGAAUUAACUAUUUGAUGGAGGGAAUUUUGAUGAACAAGGAAAAUUUCUGAGGAUAUUAUUGUAUAGGGUCUCUCUCUGUUCAAGACGCAAGAUGGAU